AUGGCAUUGUUUGCUAUUGAAUCUUAUCUGGUCCGAACACAUAAUGGUGCGAAUAACUACGGAGGUGAGCAGGUGUUUAUGAACAUUCAGGACAUACAUCAGCUUCGCGAGUUCCUGAGUGUUUAUAAUAUUCUAACAGAGAAGUGUUUUGGAUCCUGCGUUCGUGAAUACAACACUAAUAAUCUUACUUCAGCGGAAGACAGCUGUGUUACGCGAUAUUUCGAUAAAUCAGAGCGUCAUAUAUAA